AGAAUGAUGCCGAGACCUAAGAUGAGCAGGACCUGGAUCAUGUUUCCGGGGAACAGGGCCUUACACUGGCCCUCGGACGAGCUUGUCAACAUCCUUGGGGCUGUCGAUUCCGACUCCUGAGUCACAACUCCAGCCCCCUGUGCAGCCAAGAUACAAUCCAGGUUUCCAUUCCUGGCCGAGUCUGGGUUCCUGGGGAAGAAGGAAUGGCGGUGCCCUCGUCCCCCAAGCCCUCGGGAAGCGAAGGGUUAACGCAGGUGGCCCCGCAGAAGCCCCUAGCACCGCUAGAGGGACCAUCUCGGCCCCACCGCCAGGCGGCUUCGCGGUCACGUGGGAGCGAGGGCGGGACCCAACGACAGGCCGACCAAUAGAUUGCGCUGUCGGUGGGCGUGAUAGCCAAUAGGAGCAGGGAGAGGGGUCCCGGGACUAGGAAGAAACGGCGGCCGGGAGGGGGCUACUGGGACCAUGGGGCUUCUGACCAUUCUGAAGAAGAUGAAGCAGAAAGAGCGGGAGCUGCGACUGCUCAUGCUAGGCCUGGACAAUGCUGGCAAAACAACCAUCCUCAAGAAGUUCAACGGGGAAGACAUUGACACCAUCUCCCCGACACUGGGCUUCAACAUUAAGACCCUGGAACACCGGGGAUUCAAGCUGAACAUCUGGGAUGUGGGCGGCCAGAAGUCCCUGCGGUCCUACUGGCGGAACUACUUUGAGAGCACCGACGGCCUCAUCUGGGUGGUAGACAGCGCCGACCGCCAGCGCAUGAAGGACUGCCAGCGGGAGCUCCAGAGCCUGUUGGUGGAGGAGCGCCUGGCUGGAGCGACCCUCCUCAUCUUUGCCAACAAGCAGGACCUACCUGGAGCGCUGUCCUCUAACGCCAUCUGUGAGGCCCUGGAGCUGGACUCCAUCCACAGCCACCACUGGUGCAUCCAGGGCUGCAGCGCCGUCACCGGGGAGAACCUCCUACCUGGCAUCGACUGGCUCCUGGAUGACAUUUCCAGCCGCGUCUUCACGGCCGACUGAACCACUCCAGACGUUCCCCCCCCCCUCACCCCCACACCUCACAGUCCAGCCCCCUCCCCCGGCCCUCAUUAGGCACCAUCCACGGUGGGGAUGGCAGUCGGCCAGGCUGACUAACACCCCCCGCCCCACUCCGUAACCUGCUGCUGCUAACACUACCCACUGCUUCUCGGCGGCCGGCUCCCGUGGCCGGAGGGCUGCUUCCCUGGCUGUCACCCUGGCUCCUGACCCGGCCCGCCUGCGGAGGAGAGGGCUGGGGCUGGGAGGGGGCCGCCUCUGCUGCUACCAAGGCUGUGGGCCUCAUCCUUUGCUCAGCUGUGAGAAUAAACCGUUCCCUGCCCCA